CCGAUUCAAUAGCGCACCUCAAUCAGCGGUCCGGAGCGUACUCGACCUCUCCCUUUUGCACCUCCUCGGCCCGCAAGUCCGACGAACACACCGCUCCCGAAGACACUCACGUUACGUGUCAUCUGGUAAGCAGCAACUGCGAACUCCCAUCUUCACAUCCAGGUCCUCGGCGGAUCCGAGAAGUGCUCUCCCGAGUACGUCUACCUUAAUCCUCCCUCACAUCCGACAGCGGCCGCUUUCCAGAUCGCACUUCGACCGGGCUUCACUCAGCUGUGCAGAUCCUUGCUUCGAGUCCGCUACGGCUGCUUCGCGAUCAUGUCUGGCUUCACGGUCAUCUGGGUCUUGGUCGCUGCUGCGAUCGCAGGAGCCGGAUCAUGGCUGGUCACCCCUAAAGGCCCGAAUCAGGUUCUGAUCAGGACUUCUGCCAUCCUCACCCUCACAUGCUGCUACCUCAUGUGGACCAUCGUGUACCUGGCGCAGCUUCAUCCUCUCAUCAGCCCCAAACGAGCAGACGUUCGAUUUUUGGAAGAAUGAAGGGCAGGCUCCUAACAGGUAUCCCUGGGCGCAGGGCCACUUCGCUGGCUGAUGAGGGAGUGUAAGGAAUGACAGUGUGGUCUAGUGGGCGAGGGAGCGCCUCCUGGCGAUGCCACACUGGGUGAACCGCUCCUCACCAAAACUCAAUCCCACAUUGCUGCCGGACGUUUCGCGCAGCCUCCGUUGUACUAUACAUUCAUCAUCCUCUGAUGCUAAGACUUCGUUACAACAGG